CGCUAGACGACUGUUGAUGACCGUCGUUCGAUGUGCCGUCCGUCGUAAUCGCCGCCCGACGAUUUGCGGCAUUGACGUUCACGUGAUUUCGUUGUUAUUUUUUUCCGUUUCGGUGUUUUAUAUUAUAUCGUCGUGACCGACGACGACGCCGCCGCCGAAUAUUUCGCGUCACGUACGAAGACAAUAUAAUAAUAAUCAUAAAUAAUAUAUACUUCGUUAAAAACCUAGAGACACUGUGAAAAUUCUCAACUAACGAGUGCUGUCGGUACGUGUGUGCGUUUUUGUUUCAGUUCGGAGGUCGCCGAUCGUUUUACCGUGUCCGUUUUCCAUCCGCGAAAUUGGAUACCGUAUCACCGUCUUGCUACCACGACCAGUGAACAGGUUUUUCGACGCAAGAGCAGACUAAAUACAACUAAUCAUAAAAUCGAUUAAUCAAAGAUCCUAGUGUUCCGAGGCAUUCAUAAACAAAAUAUUGAACUCGAGGCUAGACAUCUGUCGAUACGUUGAUGAUGUAUUUUAUUAUUUAUGAAGAUCAAUUCUGUCACCAAGUUUUGGCGUAAACAAUCUACAAUACACUAAACAUGUAUUACUGCGUGAGCAAGAUUUCGUUAUAUUCCAAAGUUUUGACAUAAAAAAAAUUAGAAGAUAGUCGUCAGCAUAUAUUCUGAGAGAGUAAUGUUCAACACAUUUUCCAAAAACGUCAAUUGAAGUAAACGCCGUCGUAUCGAGAACGCGGUGGUGCAUGAAGACGGGCGGGAGAUAGAGCCAUCCUGGCGGGGGCGCACAGAUCGCCAUGAAGUUCAGACCGACAGUGACUGCGACAGGACCAAAGAAGACUCGCCGCCGUCCGGGGUGAUGUACGCCGCCGACACGAUGCCGACGACCACAACGACGAGAAUGAUUUUAGCGGCAGCCGCGUUGGCCGCCGUGCUGGUCGCGGCCGCGGGUUGUCCGCUCGGAUGCACGUGCAAGUGGAAGGGUGGCAAGCAAACGGUGGAGUGCGUCAACCGGAGCCUGACGGUCAUACCGGCCGGCAUGGACGCCGGCACUCAGGUGCUGGACAUGUCGGGAAAUUCGAUAGACGCGCUGUCCAGGGGCCGGUUCAUGUCGGCCGGGCUGUCCAACCUGCAGAAGAUCUUCAUGGCCCGGUGCCGGAUCACGCACGUGGACGACGCCGCGUUCCAGGGCCUGUCCAACCUGGUCGAACUCGACCUGUCCGACAACGCGAUCGCCGACAUACCGACCAAGUCGUUCGACGACUACCCGCAGCUGAUGAAGCUGGUGCUGAGCGGCAACGCGGUGACCGUGGUCCGGACGGCCGCGUUCAAGCGGCUCACCUACCUCACCCACCUGGACCUGAGCCGGUGCCGGGUGUCCACGGUCGAGCCGGGCGCGUUCGACGGUCUGCACAGCAUCGUGUGGCUGCGGCUCGACCACAACCAGAUCGUCCGGAUCGAGGCCGGGGGCGGGGCGGUCGUGCUGCCGCUGUCGCUUCACGGCAUCGAGAUGCACCACAACCCGUGGUCGUGCGACUGCCGGCUGCGGGACGUGCACCGGUGGCUGAACAACAACAGCGCGCCGCACACGGUCGAACCCACUUGCCAGGGGCCGGACCGGUUGCGCGGCACCGUCAUCCGCAAGCUGGCCACCGAGGAACUGGCGUGCGCGCCGGUGGCGACGGCCGCGUCCCCCGAGUACGUGGAAACGGACGCGGGCAAGAACGUGACGCUCGCGUGCCGGGUGACGCCGGUCGGACAGGCGCGGAUCUCGUGGUGGUUCGAGGGGCGGCAGGUGGCCAACGUCACAGCGACGGCCGGCGUCGAGCUGUCCAUCGAGGACGCCGGGCCCGCGGACAACGGGUCGUACGCGUGCGUGGCCGAAAACCGGGCGGGUUGGGCGGCGUGCAACUUCACGGUGCGCGUGAUCCAAGAGCCGUCCGAGGUGGCGGCCGGUUCGUAUCCGCCGGACGCGCCGCCGCCCGCCCUGUUGGUCGUCGUGCUAGCCGGUGCGGUGUGCUUCGUGGCCGUGGCCGUGGUCUGCGCGGUCGCCUGCCGGUUGACGAUGACGAAACGCCGGCGGCGUCGAGACCACAACGGCCGGCCGGUCGGCAAGUCCGGCGGAGCCGGUGGCGGCGACGCGGGCGCCGACGACCCGUCGAACAGCGGACAGGGAGCAAAGGCGACGUCCGACAUCAGACAGUCGGACUCGGUGAACCUGACCGUCUCGUCCACCGUCGACGGAAAGUUGUCGUCCGCCGAGGACGUGAGCGUGUACGGCGAGUACGACGCGGCCGCCGGUCCGGGAUCGUCUGUCGGCUACGAAGUGCACGAGGUGCUGCACGUGGGCGGUGGCGGUUACGACGCGUACCAGCAAGUGCACGUGGCCGCGGGACAUCCGGUCACGGCGACAGCGACCACCACCUUGGAGGCCAAUCCGGACCUGAUCAGUGACGCGUCCACCGUGAUCCGGGACAACGUCGGCGGCGACUACUGCGACGCCGGCGACGAAGUGUACAAGAUCGCCGUGCCACCGCCCGCGCCCGGCGGCCGGGACUUUUGGACGAGUUCCGGUGCGACCGUCGUUUACCCGCCGACCGGUGGCUGUGGAUCGUACGAAUUGCAACUGUCGCCCGGCAAGCUGGCCGCCGGCGAACCGUAUCCGGCCGAUUACGGGCUGCCCAAGUUGUCUUCCGGCCAGUAUCCCGUGCCGGCGCCGCCGUCGUUGUACCGGACGCUGCCGCACCGCCGGAACGCGGCCAAACCGCAAGGCCGGUCGUGCCAGGAAGCCGAGUUCGUGCUGCUGCAGCAGCACCACCACCAUCACCACCAUCACCACCAGCAACAACAGCAACAGCACCAACACCACGUGGCCCGGUACGAACCGCAAAACGUCCGAUACAACCAACAGGGAUAUCCGUAUCCGGUGUCCGCGACGGCCGCAGACGCGGCAUACUACGCGACGGCCGCAGCCGCUUUUUACGAACCGCCGUCGCUGUCGAACGCGUCCGCGCAAACGCUUGACGACGAUACAAUGGUCAUGAUGAUGAUGAUGCCGCCGCCGCCGCAACUCGCGGCCGGGGCCGCCGCAUUACCGCCGACCGGCAGACAGCCACAACACUUGGCCGGUGAACACGCGGGCCAACACAAGGCCGUGGCCGCCGUGCAAAAGCAACCGGCCAACACGGAGAGCCCGGACGAAGGGUACGUGGGCGAAGGGCCCGACUCGUAGACCGGUCACUGGCCGCGACCGGAUGUCCGCCCACCGACGUAAUAGCCUCCGCGGGGGUUGUACCGACCGACGCUUAACGACGGAGACGCUCGUCGCUCUCACCUGUAAAUAAAAUGCGAUAGUAAUAUUAAUAUGAUAUCGUUAUAUAAGCUGUGAAAUAUUUAAUAUUUUCUUGUUUUGCGUACUGGUUGACAAGUCCGCGCCGUAGAAAUAGCGUUGUAAAAAUACAAUUUGAUAUCUAUCGAUCACUCCACACAUUCGCGUUGUAAUAUAUAGACCCUUUAGGAAAAUUUCUACCGAUCAGUGUAACCCCCCCCCCCCCCGGAACGUUAUACCGCAAUCGAAUGAACCACUAUCGGGCGUCGUGGUCUGUUUAAGUCAAACGAUGUUAUUGAUGUUAUUAAAUUAUAAAACUUAUAAUUCUCCACUAGAUAAUAUCGAAUGCGCGAUAUUUAAUUUCGUUCGAAUCCAACGCCACUGAAAACGUAAUUUGCUUAAUUCUAUAUGUUUGUGAAAUUCUCUCUUUUGAUGUGAAUCUAUGUUAUAUUUUCUUUUCUUUUUUUUUUUAAGUAAUAUUGUGUUUUUGUGCCGAAUUCUGGUAUUGUCGUAAACAACAAAUUAUCGUAUGAAAUAAUUAUUUUUUAGCACGACUUUAUUAAUUUUGAUUUACAAAUAAAAUAUUUUAGUCUUAAGUUGUUGUAACGACACUACAAUCUUUUUAACGACAAUACUGUACAGAAUCUUUAAGAUUCUCAAAGCGAGUUUAUAUUUCCCGUUUCCAUGAGAACUUUUCCGCAUAAAAAGGUUGAGAUUUUCAAUUCAUAUCAUUAUUAUCCGAUUAAAUUUAAUUCGACUUGAAUUAUUAUAUUUAACAGUUACGUCUUAAUAAAUAAAUAAAUGUCCACGGAGUACUUGUACCAAAAACACUUAUAAAUGCGUUUACUUUCUCCCGAUAAUAUAAAUAGGACAUGGUAGAAUAUACAAAAUAAGAGAAUAUAAAUUUUAAUAAUAUGACAAUCCAUAAUAAUUAUUACGCCAAAAAAAAAAAAAACAAUAAAUCCGGUAAUUAAACGAAACUCUUUUAAACAUUACAUUGCGCUUGGCUCAAAUUUAUCUAUUAUUCCCUAAACAGCUUGGGCCUGUUGAAAAUAUAAUUAUGUCUUAACCUUUUUUUCACAGUCCACCGUAGAGAUUACAGGUGGCGAAACAUGUUUCCGUGACGUGUUACAUUCAUUUUCGGCGAACAUAUUUUGACGCAUCAAUGGGAUGAUUGACUCGAUUCAAUUUUAAAUUAUGGCCGAUUCUUCUAGUCAAAAAAAAAGGUCAAUAUUGAAUUUAACACCUCGGUUUUGAAUAACAUUCGACGAGAUGUUAAAAAGCGUAGUUAACUAUCGUAAUAUGUACAUAAAUAAAAAAAAUGAAUAUUAUAUAAAUCGUUAAUUUUAAAAGAAAAAAAUACUCAUCGUAUAAAUCACUAUGAACGGCUUAAAUGGAACUCGGCUAUAGUAUUGUACGAAAAAGCGGGAAACAGUGAAAAAAUAAAAAUAAAUCUGCUGAGAGAAUUUACGUUCAGAAAUGUUUAGUGGAUUUAUUUUAAAGUCUCAGACACGUGCGGCACUACUCUUCCACGAACCUCCGUGCUUUUUCGGUGAACCGAUGAUUUAUAAUAAUUUUCCGUGCCAUUAGGCCCCGGCGUAGCCGUAGGAUUGAUGUAACAAUAAAACGCUUAGUUGUCCGAAACUAUGCCGGCGGCCUAUAUUAUAGUAAAAAGUGCCCGGCGCAUUCCACCCCGUUCGGUUACUCCCAUGUUGCGCAUUCCGAGGAGGGGAAUUUAAUUUCAACUAGUCCAACGCGGUGCCGAUUGUAAAUAACCCAACAAUUCGAUUCAAUACUGUUUUAGAAAUAACAUGCUUCGUAUCCAUGAAAUUCGGUUUUCGCGCGAAACUGUCUCUUAAAGUGAAGAGUGGGAAAUAAUAAUUGUAAGUGUCUCUUAUACGAACAAAAAGUUUUAACAUUAUCUAUAUUUUUUUCAUUUCCCAAAGAUAACACCAAUUUUCUAUGGCCGUAAAAAAUAUUAUAAAAUACUCAUAUAGAAGUAAAGAUGAAUACAUUCAACGUUUAGGUAACGUGUACCGACAUUGUGUUACCUAUAUGUUAAAUAUUAUACGAAAUGUGGCAUGGUAAAGUGUGAACCAGACUUAACGCGUUUGAAAAGCCUAAUUAUUUUAAAUCAUUAUUUGUAAUAAAAAAAAAAAAAAAAAAAUAGCGAAACUGAUAUGCAUAUAAUAUGUAUAUCAAUGAUCUUAUUGUAUGUUAAUAAUAUAAUAUAUAUAUACUGUUAAGCUAAUACCUAUAUCAUUGUUGUAUAUUUACGUGUAUGUUAAUUAUUGUAGAAAUAUGUUGUCAUGCCGAUUCAAUUUGGCGUAUUGUUAUAUUGUAUUACUCCAUAAUAAUAUAGAUUUCCAUUAGUUUUAUCAUCGGAGGAAUUUAAAUUUAGUGUUUUUUUACCAGAGAACCACGAUAAUUCGACUUGUAUAUGUAUGUAUUAUAUAAAUAUAUAUUAUCGCUGAUUAUGAUAUUUAUGGUUAAAUAAAAAAAAUUAUUUAUAGUCAUUUAAA